AUGAUGAAAAAUAUCGGAGAUCAGCUUCAAAAGAAGAUGAAACUCAUCCCUCCAGUUUCGCAACGAACGGAUUUUGAAGUCCUAGAUCUCUGUAUGGCACCGGGGGCAUUCUCAGCAACUAUUUUGAAGCAUAAUUCUCUGGCCAAAGUAUGUGGUAUAUCUUUAGCAGGAAGCGAAGGUGGAAAUGCCGUGCUUCUUCCAGAAUGGCAAGCGAAUACCCGACUCGGCAUUGAAUUCAUGGAUAUAACCAUGCUUUCUGCGGAGCUAUGA